AUGAACACAAAACCGAAUGGCAGCCAUCCAUCCAUCCAUCCAUUCCUUGUUCUGCAGGUACUCUGCUUCGUGGCGAUGUGCGCCACGCUGGAAGUAGGCCCGACGCCCAACGUGAUGAUCCUCUUCUGUAUCGUGGAGGGCGUGUUCUACAUGGCUCAGUGGGAGGAGUACCACACGGGCACGCUCAACUGGUCCAACGGUUACAUGGGCGUAACGGAGUCGCAGGUCAUCCAGAUGGGGCUCUUCGUGGUCUCGGCCUUCUUUGGGCAAGACAUUUGGUCGACAGCCGUAACACUGCCAGGAACGGACUUGAGGGUGAGUGUGCUGCAGGCCAUGGUGUGGGCGCUCAUUCCUCCGGCUAUAGCGAUGGUUUCCUCCAACAUCCGGAGGGUCUGGGCCAGUCGCCCGGAGGAUCUGCCCGAGGAGGAGAGGGGACUCAAAACGAUCGGAGUGUACCCGGGAGUGCUGCAGCUGCUGGCCAUGUCGGCGGCGAUGGGUCUAGGCGUUGCGCUCUCCAUGGGGCCCGCCUUGCCGGUGUUCGUGAAGCACACGGGGCUGCAGCUAUUCAUGCUCGGGACGGUCACUACGCAUCUCACGAGCCAAAUGAUCGUGCACCACAUGGCCAAGUCGGCACUGUCCUUGCAGGACGUGACGUGCCCGUCUCUCCUCGUCCUGGCCGCCGUGACCCUUAACGUCUACUUGCCAACGCUGGGGCUCGGCGAGACGUCCCCCAUGGACCCAGAGAAGGCCCUGUAUCUGGGCUCGGGGAUAGCGAUGGCGUCCUAUCUACGGUAUGUGAGCGGGGCUAUCUCUGACAUCUGCUGGCAUCUGGACAUCCAGUGCUUCCGCAUCAAGCACAGCAGCGGCAACGGCAAGAAAGAGGACUGAGUUAUCCCGCCUGAAAUGAAACGCCUUCUUCGGAGCUGUUGCUCCGGUGGGAUGUGGGUCGGUGUGGAAGAAGCUGAGCCGGCCGCGGCUGCUGUCGUGUUUUGUCCCGAAACUAGAUCGGACGGCUAGAACGGCACGUGGUGCGGUUUGUUGCUGGCGCGCGCCCACGGAUUCACGGGGAGGACGGGGUAAAGGGAAGCGGCUCCGUUUCCCGGCGCUUCACUGGCUGGACGUCGGCGUAUCGAGAGGGCGGACAACGCCAAGCGUCAUCCACCGAAUAGACCAACGUGCGCAUGCUUGUUGGACAACGCCAAGCGUCAUCCACCGAAUAGACCAACGUGCGCAUGAUUGUUGGUCGGGUUGAGUCGAGGAGAAAUAUUUUGGAACUGCACAAAGCUGCGUUGCUUCUGCGGAUCGCCGGGCGUUCCUCGGGUGUCACGUGGAAGUUUUUUUUUUUCUGCGGGCGCCCGCUGGGCAUGGAAGGCCUUCGCAUCGCCCGUGAUAUACGGCAGCCACGGAGAGUGCGGGGACUAAAUUUUGAAUGGUCAUCGUGGGCCGAACAAUGCGCCGUCCGUCGGUGCUUCCAUUGGUUCGCUGGAGAACGCUAUCGGAAAGCACCCUCUGCUUUUGAUUGGCGGUCUGGUACACGGUUUACAGUGCGGGUUUUGAGGGUUUUGGCACCGUGAGUAGCGCGCUGAACGUUUAUUUGAAGGGAGUGGGGGAAGAGAUGUUUUUUUUUUGGGUCAACUUCAGAGUGAAAAUGAGGGUUUGCGCAUACGAGGCUGACAUGACCUCGACGCAUGUGUAAAUAUGAAGGGCUUGCAUUACGUUUUAAUCUGUUGGGUGUUUUAUUAUUGUCAGGCUGGUUGGAGCGUGAGAGUGUGGUGCACCCUUUUGUUUCGUGCCCCGCGCGAGGGAAUUUGCCUCAGAGUUGGACGCUUUCCGCCAGAUAUGUCGCUGUGAAGAGGGGCGUGAACCGCGGCCGCCGUCGACUUCGUUCUUGUGGUGUUGAUGAGACUCUGCGCCGACGUUUCGGUUUCUUUGUGGUGCACUCUUUGUGCCCUCUUUUCCCGCGGCAAGGUGGUUGAGCACUAAAAGCAUGCGUCGCUAUGUGGCUAGGUAAUAACACCGUGACUCUUUUCUUGGAACAAGCGGACACACAACACCGGUCACCGUCGUCCUCAUGGGGGGCCAGAUGGUGUUCUGCCGAUGGGUGGGUGUGUGUCCCCAUCCACGGGGACUUGGCUCCCCGCGCAGGGUACAAGGUGGUUCUAAACUUGACUCCUGCAGGUAGGACGGAGGAUUCGAGACAGGCGUGUAGGUUCCUCCGCCGAGGCUUAAGAGUUUGGGGUGGAGAUUUGUGUUCAAGUGUUGGUUUUGUGUUUCCUUGGUGACGGUAAGGCUUGUGGGCCUUGUUCAGGAGUACUGUGGGGCCAAAUUCGCUUGAUAGUGUGGGAUGAAUAAGUCCACCGAGAGAGAGAGGGGGGGGGGGGGUAUUACCUGUUGUGGAACAUGAUAAGGGAGCCAGGCGCUGCAUUCGCUUGAUGCGGCGGUGGAGGUAGGAGGUCAUUAGGGGGAUGACAGCGACCACAAACUGCUGUUGCCGUCGUCCCUGUCGUCGAUGUUGACGAUGCCGCUUCUGCUGCUUGCUGCUGCGUCUUUCGAGAGUGGAAAACGAGCUGCUGGCUUGUUUGGGGGCCUGUGGCGUCAGCGCACCACGUUGCCGGUAGCUAGAAUGUUACCCAUAAGGCGUCUUUCAGUGUCGGGGGGUGUCGAUAUCAUUGCCGACACCCCAGCAUCGAUACAUCGACAAGACAUCGAUCUGAUUUGAGGUUCCAUUCCUGAAAACGUGGCCUCUCUCUUUCAUCGUCGGCGCGUGCGCAAGCUCCGCGCGCUGUUGUAGCAUGCCGGACGUGUUAUGUUUUGUGUUGGUGGCUUGUUCAGCCCCAAGCCCAGCCUUGGAGAAAUGCGUGUUUUGGGGAAAAUCCGCUUGGCGCUUUUUGUUGGCUGCCUGCCUCCUUUCCGCAUUGGUAUCGGGCAAAACGCGGCGAACAGUGUGAAGAAUGACGUUCAAGUUUCGCUUGGUUGUUAACCUCCGCCCUUGAAUUCGAUCAGGGAUGCUGGCACAUGGACCGUUUUUGUCAGGGGAAAAAACAUCGUGUUGCUGUAUAGAAGUAACUACCGGUGGGUCGCUAGAGCUUAGCUUCAACAGUUUACGUACGUCAAUGGCCUUAUAUUUGGACUUGCACCGCUCCAUGGAGUAGAGGGAUCGCGGUGGUUGAGAGGGUGGAAUAUGUUUUAUUUGCCCUUGUCCCUGGGGAAACUGUUGUGGCGGGAUAUGAAGUGCUUUAUGGAGAGAGUGAGUGUUGUGUUGUUGACGGAGGAAAGUGCCGUUGUUGUGGCACUUGCAUCGUCGGCUUUUGUGGGCGCAAGGUAUGUUGGUGUGGACCAGACGAUCACUACGGAGACCCACUUGGGUUCACCGUGAACAGCGUGUUGUCGGGGAAAUGAUGCCAUGGUAUAUGCCAAUGAUGCCAUGGUAUAUGCCAUCCUCUCGAUGCGGAAUUUCUGUUCACGGCGACUUGCCUCAUUGUUGUUUUGAGGGGGGGUAUGGGA